CAGCAUCCGGAGUGGAGGUCAGCUCAUCCGGGAAAGGAAACAAGUACACCGAUAGCUGACCAACUCCCCCCAAACAGUAUCCCCAUCCCACCCCUUACGAGUGAGAUAUGUUGGGAACGGAUCCGCCCGCCAUCACGAUGGAAUUGCACCAUCAGGAAGAUCCAGCAAACACCCGCACCCGCAUUACAUUGCUGCUUUCCUAGGACAUCAGUGUUCUUUGCUGACCGGACCCAUCGUCUCCACUCUCCAAAACACAUCCAUAUGCCACGCCCGCCAGUCCGUCCAGAGGACCGGCAACGCGUCGCUCGGGCCUGCCAGACAUGCAAGGCGUCCAAAAAGCGGUGCGACGGCGUCCGGCCGUGCGGCUCGUGUUCGAAAAAGGGCCUUGGCGAGAUAUGUCGUUACGUUCCUGGGCGGCGGGGCAGUUCGCACAGAUCCAGGCGGCCUCCUGCCACCAGCAGCAAUAGGGUGAGCGGGGAGGAUGAGUGCGACAAUGAUAACGUUUCGGAUGUGGUGUCGUCGCCUUCAGCCGCUUGGGGUAGCUAUUGCGAGAGCAACCCGGAAGUGACCCGGGUCCUGCCAAAUCCAAGGGUUAGGGGUGUGAUUGAGGAAGAGGAGGAAAUCGGUGCCGAUGAUGCUGGUCUAGACAGCUCGAUUGAUACGCGGUGUUCUUCUCAGCAGCCGGCUGUGAUGUUGUCUAGCUCGAGUGGGGAGAGAGUAUUCAUUGGCGACACUGCUGCGAUAUCGUUUCUACGCUUCCUGCAACACACUCUCAAGCGUCAUGCUGGACCGUCCAAUUUCACCGAUGAUCAAGACACUCAGCGGCUGUUUGAGGCUGCUGAUCCUGACGCCGUCUCGCCAGCUUUCCAGGAUGAUCUCAGUUUUGAGGACAAGGAAGAGUUGAUCCGGUGUUUUCUUGACGUGUCAAGUGGUCUUUUAGACCUUUUCAGCCCAGUCGAGCUCAACCAGCUCCUGAAGCUAUCCGCAGAGCAAAUAAAUUCGAAUCGCAACGAACCCCGAGCACGCAAGCGACCACAUGAAGCCUCGCUCGCCUCACUUUAUCUGAUGAUAGCCAUCGGAGCCCAAUGCCGCGGCCACGGUACUUCAGACGGCGCUAUAGCGACUAGAUAUUUCACGCAGGCACGCAAAAUGGCCUUUGACAAAAUGCUUCAGGACCCGACACUGGACCUGACAAGAGCCUUUAUGCUGAUGGCCUUCUACAUGUUGGGCGCUUGCCGGCGCAACUCGGCAUUCAUGUACAUUGGCGUGGCUUCCAAGGCUGCCGACAUACUGGGACUGCAUAUCGAGGGCCAGCAACGGAAUUUGAAGCCGGAUAUGAGGGAUGCACGCAUGCGAACAUCCCAAAGCCUCCGGGUCCUAGACGUAGUCUGCAGCUCCAUCCUCGGCCGGCGCAGCAGCGCCAUGCCGCUCGGGGCCGGCCCAGAGACCCAACGCAAACCCCACCAGGAUGAAAGUCCACAUAGCCACCGGAGCACCGCCCUGGCCGCCAUUCAUGAUCUUUCUUCUGUCCUCGACUCGGCGGUGGCCAAGUCGACAGAAGGCGAACUAGACGCUCGAUCGGCAGAGGCCUUUUUGCGCACGCUGCGGCAGCGCAGCCGCGAUUUUCCGCAGUCCCUUCGCCGUGGGCCGCGGGACCUCUUGAGCUGCGGACGGGGUGUCGCAAUAGGGAAUAUUCAUGUCGCUGGAGCGUAUUACUUUGCUGUGAUCUUGAUCACGAGACGGUUUCUCAUUCGCCAGGUCAUGCCACAGCUGCGAGGUUCGUCACGUCGUAGCGGUGGUGCGGCCGCCCACGGUCCUGAUGAUGAGCUCGUCUCAGAGUUGUCCCGAGCCUGCGUCGAAGCGGCCACAUACAUGGCACAGACGUGUCGACAAGCUAUGGAUUGUGGGUUGUUGCUGGGGAAUAUGUGCAUUAUCAAAGCAUGGAUAUUCGCCACAGGGCUAGUGUUAGGAUUUUCCCUCCUUGUCGACGAAGUCAAAGACGCAGCCGGCGCGACGGAGAGGCGUGAGGCAUUCCGCAGCUCCCUCCACAUCUUGGGCGAGCUCAAACGCCUCAGCCCGCAAGCCGGGCAAUACUUUGGCAUCCUGGCCAACUUUCGCGACGCCAUCGAGCAGUACAGACAGCGGCUACUACAGGAGAAGAGGGAAGAAUCCUCGAGGGACAGCCUGGUGGAUCGGAUCUUUUCGCCGCUGCCAUCAAUCUCGGUGGCGGAUAGGGCUCAGCCGCAACAGCCACUGGAGCAGCACGAGGAACAGCUGGCUGGUCUGUCGCAGAUGCCCACGCCCGAGAUGACAAUCUUGGACGAUGAGAUUGCGACUUGGCUCGGUGAGGGGUCGCUUCCGUUUGAUGGGGUUGGCGACGGGCACCAGCAGUGGAUGAUGUCGGGGGAUCAGGAUGUGAUCAUGCGACUUAUAUGGGAUGGCUGAGGGGCAUUAAUGGGGAGGUGUAGAAACCCGAUAUUGUGGCGAUUGUACCAAUUGAUAUGAAAUGAUUAAUUCAAGCGUGCUGUUCUGCAUCUCUAACACUACACGGAACAGACUACCACAUCAUCGCUGACGCCUUCCAUAACUUCACUCAAUCUAAAUAAUUAGGUAGGUCAGUGAGUAGGUUAAUAGUGGCACGUAGUUUGGA